CCACAGGUUCCCCGUCGUCAAUGACAGUGCGUAGGCCUACGACGAGAACCGUGACGGUGGCAGCUGUAGGCGAUGUGUCCGCCGAGGGGACAAACUACCUCAUCGCCGGUGCCGUUGCGAUCGCCCUCAUCGGGACCGCGUUUCCCAUCGUUUUCUCUCGCAAAGACAUAUGUCCGGAGUGCGACGGGGCAGGAUUCAUAAGGAAAGGGAGCUCAAUGCUGAGGGCAAAUGCAGCAAGAAAGGAUCAAGCUCAAAUUGUUUGCCCAAAUUGCAAUGGGCUUGGCAAACUAGGACAAAUUGACAAGUGAGAAGUACAUCAUCUGGGUUUGUGUAGUGCUGCAAAAAUGUUCAAGGCUACGGUGCGGGGGAAUUUGUCGCUUGCUUUUGUAUAGUUUUGAUGCGUGUAGCUGCGUAUGUGGUCUUUGUUUGUGCUUCGGAGACUGAACUGAGGUCUGCUGUGUCUAUUUGAUGUCUAACCAAAAAAGUGCGGCAUUUAAUUUGGUUCACAAACAAAUUGAAAAUGCAACAUUUUCUUUAAUUUGGUAA